AUGUUCCACAUCUACCUCCUCGUCGGGUGCAUGACCGUCGGCGUCAUCUGUCUCGUCGCGUACGAACUCGACCAACAAGUCCAAGCGAACCAACGGCGAACAGAACACGAGCAGCGCCAGCAGAGGAUGACCCAUUCGUAUGCUUCGCCACCUACGUUCAAGAACGUUCAGGACGAUGAGCAAGUGGAGGGAAAGAGUAGUGCAGUUGAAGCGGGUGGGUACGAGAAGAUGAUGACAAGGGGGAGCAGCAGCAAUACGGGGCUCCACGAACGACGACGAUCAUACACGGCCGGCGCGGAGAGAAAUCUCGCUCAAGAGGGGAGCGACCACCACCAAGUGAGCAAAAAAAGGUUUACUAAUUUUAUUUUCUCUUUCUCUCUCUAACUGGGCAAUCGAUGACUUUUUUUUACAAGAACUUGCGCUCGACGCUCUCCUCUUCCACCGGCUCGGCCUGGCUCUCCGACUCGGGCACGCUCUCGGGCAGUCCCCCCUCUUUUUCAGCCCACCGCACCUCCCACUCCCGCCCCUCCCACUUCCUCAACCCUCAUCACCACCUCCCCGAAUCCAACACCGAUUCGGACCGCCAAAUCUUUACGCGCCAUUCGCGCCAUAAUUCCUUCAACGACGACGACUCGGAUUCGUCCUCGAGCGAUUCGGCGACCGAGCCUCUCUUCGAACACCACUCACCGAGUAGGACGGGGGCUACCAGUCCGGAUGUGGACUGGGAGCGAUUGUGA